AUGGAAAAACAAAAGAGAGACCAAAAAUUAUAUUUCUUUUCCAUCAUUCUUUCCACCUUACUCUCUCCCCUGCAUUUCUCCUACUGUCAACUGUUCUUCCUUUUCUUCCCUUAGUUCCUCUCAGUAAUUUGGUUUCCAUUCAUCAUUUUCCACUUACUUUCCUUGUGUCCAAUUCUUUCACAAGCUAUGGGUAACAUGUUUCAGAUUCAAUGUGGUGAUGCCUUGAUUGGUCGUUGCUGGGAUUGCAUUACUGGGCAAGCUUUUUACGUAUGCCAGCUUCAAGAUAAUCUUAAAGCUCUUAACACUGCGAGUGAUCAGUUAAGAGAUUUGAGGAAUGAUGUGAUGCGCAUGAUCAUCAAUGAGCAAAGACCACAAACAGUGCAGCUGGAUCAAGUUGGGGGAUGGCUUUCAAGGGUGGAUGCUGUGAUAGCUGAAGUAAAUACUCUGCUUAGCAAAAGUACACAAGAAACACAGAAAAUGUGUCUCGCGGGCUGUUGCUCCAGGAACUGCUACUCCAGCUACAUUUUUGGGAAAAGUGUUGCUGGAACUCUUGAACAUGUGGUUGGUUUGAUGGCCGAAGGUGAUUUCAAAGAAGUAGUUAUCAGGGCCCCUGCUUUCCAACUUCAAGAUGAUCUCGAAGCCUUAAAGACUGCAAGACAAGAAUUAUGGGCUUUGAAGGAGGAUGUGAAGAGGAAGGUUGCUCUAGAGGAAGGACAACAAAAGAAGGCGCUGCAACAAGUUCAAUUGUGGCUUACUAUGGCUGAAGUGAUGGUAACUGAAGCAGAGGAACUGGAAAGAGAUGGUCCACAACAAAUUCAGAAAUUGCUAGUAGGAGACAUUUCCAAUUAUAUGUUCGUGGGAAGGGUUGCCAAGAAAUUAGAAGAUCUGAUUGCUUUGAAAGCCAAAGGAGAUUUUAAGGAACUGGUUGAGAGGACACUUCCAGAUCCGGUGGUUGUAAGAAAUUAUAAGCCAACGGUGGGUACUGAAACUACUUUAGGAGAGGCAUGGAGCUGUCUCAUGGAAGAUGAAGUGGGAAUUGUUGGCAUAUACGGCAUGGGGGGAGUCGGAAAAACUACUCUCCUAACCCAAAUCAACAACAUGUUUGCCACAACACCUAAUAAUUUUGAUCUUGUGAUUUGGGCUGUGGUUUCUAAAGAUUUGAAACCUGAGAAGAUUCAAGAACAGAUAUGGAAAAAUAUUGGCUUUUUUGAUGAGAAAUGGGAAAGGAAAAGCCUUCGUGAGAAAGGGGAUGACAUAUUCCAUGUAUUGAGUAGAAAGAAGUUUGUAUUAUUGUUGGAUGACAUAUGGCAGCGAGUUGACCUUGGAGAGAUUGGGGUUGCUCUGCCUACAAGACAAAACAAGUCCAAGAUAGUAUUCACUACACGAUCUCGCAGAGUAGGCAGGCAAAUGGACGCUGAAAAGAUGAUAAAAGUGAAGCCUUUAGAAUGGGAAAAAGCUUGGGCGUUGUUUCAGCUGAAGGUUGGGUGUAUUGAUCCUAAUUUUCUUCCUCUGGCUCAAGAUGUUGCUAAAAAAUGUCGAGGAUUGCCAAUCGCACUCAUUACUAUCGGUCAUGCCAUGGCCAGUCGAAAUACAGUGGAAGAAUGGAAGCAUGCUUUGGAGGUCCUAAGAAGCUCUGCAUCAAGCUCACAAGGCAUGGAGGACGAGGUAUUUCAAGAAAUGGAGGUUGAAGUAUUUUCAUUAUUGAAGUUUAGUUAUGAUAGUCUGCGUAGUGAUAAAGUUAAAUCUUGUUUCUUAUAUUGUUCCUUGUUUCCGGAAGAUUUCAAAAUUAUCAAAGAUGAGUUAGCAGAUUAUUGGAUUUACGAGAAUUUUUGUUCUCGCAAUGAGGCAUAUUCUAUAAUUGGCUCUCUUGUUGGGGUAUGUUUAUUGGAAGAGGAAGGCCAAUGUGUGAAAAUGCAUGAUGUGAUUCGUGAUAUGGCUGUAUGGAUAGCAUGCAAAUGUGAAAAAGAAAAGCACAAGUUUUUUGUGAAAGCGGGUUCCCAGUUGAUUGAAGUGCCAGAUGUUGGAGAAUGGGAAGGAUCAAGACGGAUGUCACUGAUGGCAAACUCCUUCAAGGGAAUCCAUAUAUUUCCUAGAUGUCCUGAUCUUUUCACUUUGUUUCUCAGUGCUAAUCAUGGCUUGUGCGAGAUCAAUGACAAUUUCUUUCAGUUUAUGGAUGCACUAACUGUUCUAGACCUGUCAAGCACUGGCAUAAAUGAAUUGCCAAAGGGAAUAUCAAAAUUGAACUCAUUGCAAUAUCUAAAUCUGUCACGGACGUGUAUAAAGCAACUGCCAGUGGGAAUAUCGAAAUUGAAUUCACUGCAAUAUCUUAAUCUGUCACGGACAUGCGUAAAGCAACUGCCAGUUGAGUUGAAGAUGUUGGUGAAUCUGAAACAUUUGAACUUGGAGUAUAAUAUCCAACUAAAUGUGAUUCCAAGGGGAGUCAUAUCUAGUUUAUCAUCAUUGCAAGUUUUGAGAAUGUUCAACAUUGGUUUGUCGAAGUACAGAAAAGGGGAAGAUAAUAUACUGGGGGAAGAUAUUAUGCUAAUAGAGGAGCUACAAUGUUUGGAACACUUGAAUGAAUUGAACAGCACAGUAGGAAGUGUCUCAGCCCUCCAGAGUUUUAUCAGCGCCCACACAUUACUCAACUGUACUCGAGGCCUAAGGCUUGAACUGUUUCAAGGUCCACAAUCUCUCAACGUGUGGUGGUUAGCAAAUAUGAAGAAUCUAGGUGUCCUACAAAUUUUUGGUGAUAUAGAUUCAGAAGAGUUGGAUGUUGAUGUUGUAAUGGAAGAGACAGAAACACAUAAUGCAGCUGGAGGUCUAGGUAGCUCAGUGAUCUCAAGGGAGGCAUGCUUUAAUAGCCUUCAUACAUUGAUUGUAUCAGGUAACCUCAGAUUGCGGGAUCUGACAUGGCUUAUUCUAGCUCCAAAUUUGACGAAUUUGAGUGUCUUUGUCAACAAGCAUAUAGAAGAGAUAAUAAGUGUUAAAAAGUUUGAUGAUGUUGAAGUUCUGGACGAAAAUUCUAACCCAUUUUUAAAACUCCAAGUGCUCUCCUUGAAUAAAUUGCCAGUAUUGAAAAGCAUAUAUCCCAAAGCCUUGUCCUUUCCCUUUCUAGAACAAAUUGAAGUAUAUAAAUGCCCACAACUUAAGAAGCUGCCAUUAAACUCGAGCAGUGCAAAGGGAUGCAAAGUUGUGAUUGAAGCAGAGGAAAAAUGGUGGAAAGAUGUUGAAUGGGAGGAUGAUUCUACUAAAACCACCUUCCUACCGUGCUUUGUGCCUUCUCACCGUCGCUAUUGAUUUUGACAUUUGCCUGAUUUCUGUAU